AUGAAAGGGAGCCUCGUCCGCCUUAUCUUUCUUCUGAGCACAGGAGGUGCUAUAUGGCAGAUCACUCAGCAGUUUCGAGUUCAGUUGCAUCAAGGCGCAACUGCUGAAUCAAUCCAAAGCAAUCAUAGAGAGAAUCGACGAAACGAUCCUCCUUUGCCAUUGUUAAACGACGGGAAGGCUGAUGAGAAAGUCAAGAGACCUGCGUUGUAUGGUGUCCCUUACUCCAAUGAAUUGGAAGAACACGGGCUCCUUCUUUCCAUGAGACAACAGGAACGAUUCUUCGCUCGAAAGAACUCACUCGAACGAGACCAUGGUUCAUCGCCAUUGAUGUUUUCUACCGCUACUUGGAAAUAUUGGAAUCGCUGGCAUGCCCUCAUCUUGAACGAUCGCUUUGCGUUUCGUCAUAUCUUUAAGACUGGGGGAACGUCGUUGGAAAAGCAAACGGGGUCCAAACACGUACAACGAAAGGCAAUUGGCAAUCGACGAAUGAUUGCAACAGUCCGAGAUCCAUUGGAACACUUUCUGAGCGGCUGGCAAGAAUGCGGAGAACGCUUUCCAGAAUACAUGGAAUGGAAUUAUCAAAGUACGGGGAAGGGUACUAAUGAUGAAAAGUCAUACAGUAGACGCAUACAGCAAUGGCUCGACAGGACAAAGACCAUGGCGUUUCGAACUGCGCCAUGUCUUGGGAAGUGCGCUUGUGCCAUGCACUCUUUUCCGCAAGCCAGCUUUCUUAUUACCAAGAAAGGUACUGUAGAUCCAAAAGUAGAUCUCGUGGGAGACUUGAGAGAACUGCCGGGCCUAUUGGAGAUUGUUGGAUUUCAAUACAACGAAUCGCUCGGUACAGGAAGAAACGCAUCGGCAACAGAGUUCAAAACAACGUAUUUUCCUCGCAAACCGCAUUUGAUUGUCAAUGAUACGAUGAAGGCAAUUUGUGAAUUUGUGGCACUAGAUUACUAUUUGUUCGACUUUGCACUUCCGAUUGCCUGCAGGAAAUGA